UAUUCCUGGAGUCGAGGAGCCGUCGUCUCUGGACAGGAUGUGAGAGAGGAACUGGGGUCUCCAGUCACGGGAGCCAGCUGCGGCCGCAGAGGGAAGGGAUCGCGGCUGCCAGUCUCCCACUCAGGAUGCGGCUUCCCCGGCCUCAGCCCUGGGGGCUCGGUCUGUUUCUCGUCCUCCUGCCUGGGGCGCUGAGCGCAGAGAACCAUCGCUCGCUCCAGUACCACUUCACCGCCGUGUCGGCCCCCGCCGCGGGGACCCCUGCUUUCUGGGUUUCGGGCUGGCUAGGGCCCCAGCAGUACUUGAGCUACAAUAACCUGCGGGCGCAGGCUGAGCCGUAUGGCGCGUGGGUCUGGGAAAGCCAGGUGUCCUGGUAUUGGGAGAAAGAGACCACGGACCUGAGGAACCAGGAGACGCUCUUCCUCCAAGCGCUCCAAGUUUUAGGCGAAGGCCCCUUCACCCUGCAGGGCCUGUUGGGCUGCGAGUUGGGCCCUGAUAAUGUCUCGGUGCCGGUGGCCAAGUUUGCCCUGAACGGCGAGGAGUUCAUGAUGUUUGACCCCAAGCUGGGCAUCUGGGAUGGUGACUGGCCUGAGUCCCGGACGGUCAGUAUCCAGUGGACAAAGCAGCCGGAGGCGGUCAACAAGGAGAAGACCUUCCUCCUCUACUCCUGCCCACACCGGCUGCUGGGGCAUCUGGAGAGGGGCCGAGGCAACCUAGAGUGGAAGGAGCCACCCUCCAUGCGCCUGAAGGCCAGACCCAGCAGUCCCAGCCUCUCUGUGCUCACCUGCAGCGCCUUCUCCUUCUACCCACCUGAGCUGAAGCUGCACUUCCUGCGGAACGGGCUGGCCAUUGGCUCUGGUGAGAUAGACAUGGGCCCCAACGGCGACGGCUCCUUCUACGCCUGGUCAUCACUCACAGUCAAGAGUGGCGACGAGCACCACUACCGCUGCGUGGUGCAGCACGCGGGGCUGGCCCAGCCCCUCACGGUGGAGCUGGAAUCACCAGCCAGGACCUCGGUGCCAGUGGUGGGAAUCGUCAUCGGCUUUUUCCUGCUCCUGACAGUGGCUGCGGGAGGAGCUCUCCUGUGGAGAAGGAUGAGGAAGGGGCUGCCAGCUUCUUGGAUCUCUUUCCGUGGGGAGGAUGUAGGGGCCCUCCUGCCCACUCCCGACGUGUCCAAGGAUGGUGAAUCUUAGGAUAAAAAUGCAUUCCCAGCAACUGCCGAUCAUCCCCCAUCCUGGCUGUUACCAGCUAAUGUCCUCAGGUCCUUUUCAUGCUGUGAGACCUCCGGGAAUCCUGGUAUUUUUGAGCCUCCGGAAGGAGCCCGAUGUCCUCCCUCUGGAUUUCUCCUCCUGUGAUCUGCCUCAGUUCCCCCUCCUGAUAUAUAUGGUUCUUUUCCAGCUCCACAUAUAACAUGUGUUUAGGCUCGAAUCGUUGUGUUCUCAUCGUUUCAACUUUUUUAGGGAAUUGUGAGGGGGGAUAAAUGGUGUAAGCCUUGGGCUUCAAAUCUCUCCUGAGGCUAACUUGUUGCCAUGGUGGAAUUUGCCAACUUUAUAUACCAAGUCAUGUAUUUUUAAUGAAUAAAUUUCACAAAUAUUUACUGUA